AUGGAACCAACUAGACAAAUGUAUCAAACGUAUACCCAACAAGUUGUUGUUCUUUUCAUGAUCUUCACGAUAAUAGCUCAAGUGCUUGGUGGUAAUCCAUACAGUGGCCAAGUCUUCAAAGGACAAGCUACUACUGACGGUGCCCCAUGGGAAAGAGGAAACUGUCUUUUCCUCGGUUGGCCACAACCCAAAGGAUUAAACCCAAUCGCCAUUAACAGUCGGAUGUGGGAUUCUGCUCGUAUGUGCGGUGCCUGUAUUGCAAUUACCAACGAGUUUGGGACCCAUCUAGCAGUUGUCACCGAUCAAUCAGCUGUCGAAGGAGACAGCCUAGAUUUAGGAAAGGACGCAUGGGACGAGGGCUUCGUCUUAGCAAUUUCUAGCGAAAGAACUAGAACUGAGCGAGCCUGGGAGGAAGAAGACAAAUGA